GUUUGCAGAAGGCUGGAUCCACUUGCAAAUUUGCCCUUUGACCACCAUGUCGUCCUCGGUUCCCUGCACGAACGCGGCCUGCUUCAUCAAGACGCCCCACUCGCACGACCAGCGCUUCUCGGAGCCCAAGAUCCUCAACACGAUCCUUGACCACGUCGGCAACACGCCCUUGGUCAAGAUCAACAAGAUUGCCGAGAAGGCGGGCCUUCAGUGCGAACUGCUCGCCAAGUGCGAGUUCUUCAACGCCGGCGGCUCCGUGAAGGACCGCAUUGGCAAGCGCAUGGUCGAGGACGCCAUGAAGUCGGGCCGCAUCAAGCCCGGUGACACGCUCAUCGAGCCCACGUCGGGCAACACGGGCAUUGGCCUCGCGCUCGCGGCCGCCAUCUACGGCUUCCGUAUGAUCAUCACGCUCCCGGAGAAGAUGUCGCAGGAGAAGGUCGAUGUGCUCAAGGCGCUCGGCGCCGAGAUCAUCCGCACGCCGACCGAGGCCGCUUGGGACUCGCCCGAGAGCCACAUUGGCGUCGCGAUCCGCCUCAACAAGGAGAUCAAGGACUCGCACAUCCUCGACCAGUACACCAACCCGUCCAACCCGCUCGCGCACUACGAUCAGACCGCCGAAGAGAUCCUCGAGUCGUGCAACGGCAAGGUCGACAUGCUCGUCAUCUCGGCCGGUACCGGCGGUACCAUCACGGGCACGGCCAAGAAGAUCAAGGAAAAGUGCCCGAGCUGUGUCGUCAUUGGCGUCGACCCCAUCGGUUCGAUCCUCGCCGUCCCCGACACGCUCAACGACUUUAACCGCCUCAAGUCGUACCAGGUCGAGGGCAUCGGGUAUGAUUUCAUUCCGGAUGUGCUCCACCGCGACGUCGUCGACAAGUGGGUCAAGACGGGCGACAAGGACUCGUUCUUGAUGGCGCGCCGCAUGAUCCGCGAAGAAGGUCUUCUCUGCGGCGGCUCGUGCGGCUCGGCCAUGUUUGCGGCCGUGAACGCGGCCAAGGACCUCAAGGCCGGCCAAAAGUGCGUCGUGAUGCUCCCCGACUCGACGCGCAACUACAUGACCAAGUUCCUCAACGACGACUGGAUGUACGACCACGGGUAUGUCGAGAACGUCGAGAAGAAGCCGGCCAACAACGCGUGGUGGGCCAAGAAGACGGUCUCGGAGCUCCCGCUCAACGUGCCGUACACGAUCCACCACGACUUGACGUGCAAGGAGGCUGUCGACAUCCUCAAGGCCGAGGGCUUUGACAACUUGCCGGUCGUUGACGAGACCAACACGAUCGUUGGCGUCAUCUCGGAGGGCAACUUGAUCGCGCAGCUCCUUCCGGGCCGUAUUCAGCCCACGGACGAAGUCUCGAAGGCCAUGUACAAGCAGUUCCGCAAGGUCUCGACGCAAACGUCGCUCUCGGAGCUCAGCCGCAUCUUUGACAAGGACCACUUCGCGCUUGUCGUGACCGAGCAGCGCACGUUCUCCAAGGGCGGUGCUGUCGAGACGAAGAGCGUCAUCUUUGGCGUCGUCACGCGCAUCGAUCUGCUCACGUACAUCACGCAGGGCCAGCAGUAAACAGUGCCACCACUAAUGUCUAUAUUUCACUCACCUUGCGCG